CAGAUGAAGAUGUUCAAGAAGCUUCAAGGUUCGCAUUUCCGGAUGUUGAAUGAAGAGCUCUACUCCACGUCGUCUCAACAUGCUGUGUCCAUGAUGAAGACAGACCCAUCGCUGUUUGAUUCUUACCACGAGGGAUUUCGUGAACAAACCAAGAAGUGGCCAGUCAACCCUGUGAAUGUGAUCAUCAAAUACCUCAAGAAGUAUCCAAAGUGGAAAGUCGCGGAUUUGGGCUGCGGAGAUGCACAGAUCGCUAAGACGUUACCAAACAAAGUUCACAGCUUCGACCUCAUCUCGAAGGAUCCAUGCGUCGUUGCUUGUGAUAUAGCGCAUGUUCCCUUGAAGGAUUCUUCUGUGAAUGCAGUUGUUCUUUCUCUUGCCCUGAUGGGUACCAACUACGUCGACUUUCUAAAAGAGGCGCAUAGGAUUGUGGUGAAGGGUGGCAAAGUUCUGGUUGCUGAGGUCAGAUCAAGGUUGGAACAUGUCUUAGAUGAAUUCGUCGAGAUGCUCAAGGAGAUGGGAUUUGUUCUGGACAAUAUGGACAAAUCGAACAAGAUGUUUGUCAUGUUCUAUCUCACUAAGAACCAACCUUGUGCUGCAGAACUUAAUCCGCCAUCACUAAAAGCUUGUCAAUACAAGAAAAGAUAAUG